UCAGGUUGACUUGGUUACUAUGAAGCCAUUAAGGUCACAAGUUAGUUUUAGUAAAGAUAGGAAUUUCGCCUUUAGACGCAAGACUGAGAGUUUCCGUGAGAAGAAGGAUGAAGAAAGUGAUAAAGAGAAAGAAAAAGAAAAAUGUAAAUCAAGAGACAAGGAAAAAAAAAGUGACGGUCACCAGAUAACAUCCGCCAUUGCCUCCUCACUAGCGGCGACAUUAUCUCCGUUCUCAUCCUUCGUCUCCUCUCAUUCCCCAAGAGGAAGUCGUAAACCUUCCCCAAGUCCUACUGUAUCUAGGAGAUCAAGUCCUCCAUCCCCGAGAAUCCUGGAUAAACAACAAUUAGGAUGCCCCAGGACUAAUUCAUUCUCCUAUCGGCAAAUCCCACAUCCUAGUCAUCCUAAAGCCAGGACUAACUCUUUCAAUUUAUCGUCAUCUCGAUCUGGGGGUCAAUCCUCCUUUGGCAUCCCCUCCAGUGCCAGUGCCUCCUCUAGUGCCAGUGCCUCCUCUAGUGCCAGUGCCUUCAGUCCCUCUCCCAGUCCCCCUAGCUCGUCUCUCAGCCCUACAACCAGUCGAUCUGAGAGCUCUUCGUCGAUCAGCGAUACAACGACGACUACAGAUGAAGAUGGGGCGCUGUCAACUCGUCCCCAUCAACAUCGAGCUUAUGAGCCCAAAAUCCGGGUUUCUUCUGGAGAUGAUGACGUCUUAACCCUGGGGAGGAUGUAGGGAACGUCGUGAGGGAAGAGGAGAAGAGGAAGGAAGAAGAGGAAGAGAAGAGGAGGAAGAAGGAGGCUUUGUUACCUAGGGUUCUACCUUAUAGGAUAGAAGAAGGUUGGCAAAUUUGUCACUCUACAGACACAGUGGCCAAACAUAGGAAGACUUGCCAGAGCUGUAAGUGUACCAGAGAACUACGACGUCUACCAUGAGAUUGGGUUA